UUCCCCAAGAGCCCGGAUGUCCUGCGGCCAUGUAGUGACCCGACGUCCCUCACCAAGUGGUGCCAACAAUUGCUCAAACAGGGAAAACCCAGGUUUGAAUGCGGUCAGUCUGGCUGUAAUGCUGAGUGGUCUUAUCAGGAGGUUUGUAAAAUGGCCAUGUUGACCCCUGAAGAAAUGAAGACCUUUGAGACGACCUUGGCCCAGAAUGCUGCCCUCACAGAUCCUAACAGAAAGUUUUGUCCAGGCUGCAUGACUCUUGUGACCAGAGGGAGCAGCUUGAACCUCUAUGUCUGCUGCUCAGGUUGCUCAGCGAAGACGGGACGCAGCUUUGGGUUCUGCUGGCAGUGUCUGAGGGAGUGGAAAGGUCCACAGCCUCGAUCCGACCGCUGCGAAAACGACGACUGCCACAAUUCUGCCCUGAAGACGCUGAGAGAGUGUCCAGAAGUCCAAAUCAACACUGUGAAGGGAGUCAAAGGGUGUCCGUCGGUUCGUGCCUGUCCCACCUGCGGCUCACUGCUGCAGCACACUGGGAAAGGAUGCAAGGACAUUUCAUGUCCCCGAUGUAAGAUGACGUUUUGUUUUGGCUGCCUAAAGACAACUAGUGAAUGCAGGACCACAGGAAGCAACAAUGUUUACGGCGUGUGCUCCACUGACAUUGUUCCCAGACAGACGUCUAUACCUGUGUGGCAGAGGAAAUGAUGUGAAUUAUGUAACCUGCUUCUUCUUUGCUUCUCAUUAAUUAUAUUUCAAAUCAACAAGCAGCAAUUAUGACAAUUCCAAUUAUAUUUGUGCUCUGCUCAUUAUAAAAUAGCUUGCAGAUAGAUCUUUUCAUGAUCAUUAUUAAAGUAAUGAGACUUUCAGUUUCCCUGGAACAACAACUUGAACACCUAUUGAUGUGUGAAGGAUUAUCACAUUGAAUGUCACUAUUUUGUGUUGUUUGAUGCUUUUUUAAAAAUUAUAUUUACAUCAUGCAAUUCUGUAAUAUUCAAAGACUUUCUGUGCCCUCUGUGGUGGAAAAUUACCACAAGUUAACAUCUGCUGAUAAUGCCAUAUUAAAUGCUUGUGAACUUUCACUAAAAGAACCUGUUUAGGCUAAACACACAAGAUUGGGAAUUGUUUUGCUGCAGCUGCAAGGGAACCGGACUCUCCCAUGUUUUGGACUCCUUACCUUGGUAUAAAACUGGUGUUGUCUUUGCCUGGCAGAGCUUUUCACCCAGAACUUCUUCAUUAUUGAUUACAGAAAUUUGCUAAAAUCAAAUCAAAUUUUAUUUGUAUAGCACAUUUCAGCAGCAAGGCAUUUCAAAGUGCUUUACAUCAUAAAUACUUUUUAUGAUGUAUGAAACAUAGAAUAAACAAUAGAUUGUUACAUAUUACAUUUCAAAUACAAUUCUAAACAGCUAAGAGAUGCGGUUGCCUUUACUUUAGUCAAUCUAACUCUAACUCUAGUGAGUGCAUUCUCUUCAGACGGUGUUUCAUUUUAUCCACAUGACCUCAGUUUUCUUUUAUUUUGGACAUUCUCUCUAAACAGAGAGGAAAAUGUGCGUGACAAUCGUAGUAGUUUCUGAAACACUCAUUCCAGUCAGUCUGGCUCUAAGAAGCUAUCAAAUCAUAAACUCUUCCUCAUUGUGAUGCCGACUUUGAGCUUCAUCAGUUCAUCUUUGCUGCACCCAGAUGACGAAAGUAUUGAGUUGCUGUCAUGUUAUUGAUUGGCUCUUCUGUUAUUUAGUCAUAAUCAAUAAACUAGAAAAUGCUUUCAGAUGAAGCACAUUUUGUCGGAUUAAAAGUACUUUUUGCAAACAGCAAACUUUAAUGAUUUUCUCUGAUUUUAAAUGUCAUGUUUUUAUUCGCUGUAAGUGGAAAAUUACAUAACAGAAAUAAUGAUUGAGAGUAAUGAUGUCAGGGUUUCUGUGUGAGUGCAUGUGUGUGAGUGCGAGUGUCACAUCUCGUCCAGAGAGGAUCUUGGUGAGGAGCCGGAGGAGUCUGCACAGGUGGAAGUCAUCUGCCUCAUCAGAGCGUGCGGGGGAUUUAGGAGCGGCAGAUCCUUCCUUCAGUGCUAGAUGAUUACGUUCAUCGGGUUUUUGUCUCUCCGCUCGUGAGUUCUCCUGCGAGCACCAGCCUGCCUGCUCCGUUGCUCUCCCCGCCGCAGCUUCACUCCUGCAAGCCUCCGGUUCUCCGAACACCCCCCUCCUCGCACUCACCUUCGGACCGCCGAACUACCCUCCACUCAGAAUCCUGGCACCUCCCCCACGCUACAGCAAACCACCGUGAAGUAAGCCCGUUCCACUUCCCUCUCAAAUCUAUCCGUUCACUCCCAGCCGUCUAAACCGCUUCUCAUUUCAGGCCCACCUGGUCGAGUCAUUCUCACCCCCUCACUGAAGUUCUGCGGAUUGAUAUAUUGUGUGUCCUGUUGAAAAAAUAAAUACUCACUAUUUUCUAAGAGACGUGUGGUUUCUGCAUGUGGGUCAGAAAGCUAAAACCCAACAUGUCAAAUGACUUAUGUCAUUACUCUAUCUAAUCUGUGAUAAAGUUCAUGAAGCAAAUGGACUUUUCUGUAGUAUUCUAAUUUAUUGAAUUGAUUUGUAUGUUGAACGAUCGUUAAAUUAAACUCUCACCAUCUACAAUAACUCUUUAAAGAACUCUGAGUUAAAAUGAGUAAUAACAUUUUAUUACCUUUUGGGAUUAAUAAAAUAUUUUUGAGCUGACGUAAGAAAGCGGUGAAUAAGUGGCCUAUGUUCCAUAUUCCAAGCUUUAUACAUUAGCAGCAAACUCUCCUAAGAGUUAUACUAAACCUUCCGCAUUUCUUUUAGUAGGAAGCUGAUAGAAAAUAAAAAUCAUGAGCCACGUAUUUAUUAGGUGCUUUCCAGAUCCUCACUCAGUUUUUGUUUCAUUUUCUUUGUUUGUUGGAAACGUGAAACCAGUGUCAUUUUUACAAGUGACACCAAAAUUCCCCAAAGUUUGCCAUUUGGCAUUUCUUCCUGGAAGCAGCAGGAAUUGUUUUUCAUUUAUUUAUUUUUGGUUACAUAUUUUCCUCUUGGAAAAUAUGUUAGGAUGUCGAUCUCCUUAAGUCAUUUGCCAUCAAUCUCUGUAAUUUCUGUUUUUAAAGUGCAUUCAAGUUUGAGAUUUUGCAGGUAUUUAAAUUCUAAUUCAAUUUAAUUUAUUUGAAACAGUAUUUUCAUAGAAAAAGGCUGCAAAUGUUUACCACAGUUCUGUUAACAGUGGAUGUCAGUGUUAUUUUUACAGAUUUGUUCACUCAUUGCUCUGAAGAAGUAACAUCCCCAAAACCUGCAGCUGUCAGGUUGAUACAGUAUUUAUAUCUGUGAGCAUUAUUGACAUUACUAGUGUUAGUCAGCUUGAUGAAAUGUUUUAGUCGCUAAGUGAAAGCGAAAGCUGUUUUCUGACUCUCUCUCAUGGGAGUGCCUCUUACUGUCUGUGUAUUUCCACGGUGGCUCAGCAGCAGAAAUCGUUUCUACAAUGGCGUGAAGAAAAGUCCUAUCUGUGCCGUCAUUAGUGAUUCAGUAUGAAGGAAGACAUUAAGUACCAUGGGUUGAGAAACCAAGGAGCAACAUGUUACCUGAACAGCAUUCUGCAGGUUCUGUUCAUGACCAGAGAGUUCAGAGAGGCUGUUAAGAGUUGUUCAAAACACCAAGAAGACAACAUCAAUGUUCGACUCCAUACUUUGUUUGAGAGUUUAAAAGAAAAAACAUCAGAAACCACAGAAGUUACAAAGAUGCUGGAAAUUGAAAAAGUGUAUGAACAGCAGGAUGUUGGUCAGUACCUGGAGAAGAUUUUAUCUCUGGUCAGCGAUGAAGCGUCACAGAUAUUCAGAGGAGAGCUGGUUCACAGGACUGUUUGUGAUCAAUGUGACUCAGACACUGAAGACUUGGUGCCUUUUUGGUUUCUUUCUCUCCCACUGAUGGAUUCUAGUGA